AUGUCAAAGAUUAUAGUAACAGUAGCUACCACUCUAUAUUACAAGUCAAUGAUUAUAGUAACAGUAGCUACUACUCUAUAUUACAUGUCAAUGAUUAUAGUAACAGUAGCUAUCACUCUAUAUUACAUGUCAAUGAUUGUAGUAACAGUAGCUAUCACUCUAUAUUACAUGUCAAUGAUCAUAGUAACAGUAGCUACCACUCUAUAUUACAUGUCAAUGAUUAUAGUAACAGUAGCUACCACUCUAUAUUACAUGUCAAUGAUUAUAGUAACAGUAGCUACCACUCUAUAUUACAUGUCAAUGAUUAUAGUAACAGUAGCUACCACUCUAUAUUACAUGUCAAUGAUUAUAGUAACAGUAGCUACCACUCUAUAUUACAUGUCAAUGAUUAUAGUAACAGUAGCUACCACUCUAUAUUACAUGUCAAUGAUUAUAGUAACAGUAGCUACCACUCUAUAUUACAUGUCAAUGAUUAUAGUAACAGUAGCUACCACUCUAUAUUACAUGUCAAUGAUUAUAGUAACAGUAGCUACCACUCUAUAUUACAUGUCAAUGAUUAUAGUAACAGUAGGUACAACUCUAUAUUACAUGUCAAUGAUUAUAGUAACAGUAGCUACCACUCUAUAUUACAUGUCAAUGAUUCUAGUAACAGUAGCUACCACUCUAUAUUACAUGUCAAUGAUUAUAGUAACAGUAGCUACCACUCUAUAUUACAUGUCAAUGAUUAUAGUAACAGUAGCUACCACUCUAUAUUACAUGUCAAUGAUUAAAGAAACAGUAGCUGCUACUCUAUAUUACAUGUCAAUGAUUAUAGUAACAGUAGCUACCACUCUAUAUUACAUGUCAAUGAUUGUAGUAACAGUAGCUACCACUCUAUAUUACAUGUCAAUGAUUAUAGUAACAGUAGCUACAACUCUAUAUUACAUGUCAAUGAUUAUAGUAACAGUAGCUACCACUCUAUAUUACAUGUCAAUGAUUAUAGUAACAGUAGCUACCACUCUAUAUUACAUGUCAAUGAUUAUAGUAACAGUAGGUACAACUCUAUAUUACAUGUCAAUGAUUAUAGUAACAGUAGGUACAACUCUAUAUUACAUGUCAAUGAUUAUAGUAACA